GCCGAGCUCUGCACUCUCUCAAGCCAAGCCCGCCAUGUCGGAUGCUGACUAUGUCAAGGCCUACGAGGACUUCCUGGCGAUGGGCCUCCAGGGAGCUGCCAUCCAGGUCUUGCUGGAAGGCUUGGCAGCUACCAACAGCCCACGGCUUCAAGAGCUUGCGCGCAGAGAUGCUGUUCCAUUGCCCGAGGCCAAGCCAAGCCAAGGCUAUGACGAGAAUCCCUUCCAGGCUUUGAGCCUCCAACGUGCCAAAGUGGAAGAAGAGGAGGCUUUGCUGCAGAGCUUCAGAGAUGCUCAAGCGGCGCACGAAGCGUUUGUAGAAGCCACGAAGGAGGACUGGCAGCUGCAGCGUGGCUCGUGGCGCGAGUUGAAGCAGCAAGAACAGCAGCUCCGGCUGGCCUCCCGUGAGGCCUUCAGCCGUUGCAAGGAGCUGUUGCUCCGUGGGCGGACCUCGUUGCGGCCGGAGCUGCUCCGUGCGCCCCUGACGCCUGACGGACUGCCAGAGACGCAUGCCGCACUCGCAGGCGGUGGAGGACCAGAGGAAGCUCUUCGCAGAUUGCUGGGAGAGGCUGCAGGUGCGUUUCAGGACGAAAGCCUUUGGAGCAAGGAGGGUCCUGGCAGGCUACUGGAGCAGAGCAAACGGAUGGCGGCUCUCGACGCCUUGCCGGCACGUGCUAAGGAACUGGCCCAGCGAGGACCUGGCACACUGGGCUCCUUGCUUUGUGCUAUCGCAGAAGAGACCUUUUUGGCGGCGAAGGGUUGCGAGCAUGUGCUGGUCAUCGGCGGACAUGGUAUCUCUGCCGUGUCCGCUGCUCGUGCUGGGGCCCGCGCCGUGGUGCUGUGGGAGCCCUUGGAGGAUGUGGCGUGCGCGGCUCGCGAGGUGCUGCGGAGAAAUCUCAAGCAGGAAGAGUUGACACGCUGCGUCGUGAAGACGGGCGAUGUCGCCGACGUCGCGUUGUCGCUGCCUCCGGGAAGCCUGGUGGUGGUGGACCGAUGGCAUGGCUUGGGUGUGUUAGGUUGGUGUCCUUUGUUGGCCUUGCGGCAAGUCUUGGGUGGAGCCGCUGCCCCUUCAGGUGUGGUGCCUUCCAAGCUGAGCAUUUCACUGGCUUUGGCCGACGCCGGGCUCCACAACACGCAGGGCUUGGACCUCUCGGGCAUGGACGCGCGCUUCCGGCCGCUCUCGGUGGCACCCUUGAAGGUUGGUGUGGGCGAGCAUCCACAUCCGACAUCACUGCGGCCGAAGCUUCUCACGGACUUUGUUCAAGCCUUUGACUAUGAUUUGGCUCGCCCAGCACCGCCGAGCGAUGGUCCCAAGCCCCUGGCUUUCUCGGCGAAGCCGUCGAAGGUCGCCGCCACCGCGGCACUCUUCGAGUGUCGCUUCGAGCUGCCCAGGUCCAAAGGCAAUGGGUCGUUGCGCUUCGCACAAUGGCUGCCUGGUGCUUUGCAACUCAAAGGUGCAGACAUGGGGCUGUGUGCGUGGCGUAAUGACAGCCGAGUGUGGCUCGAGUGGGAUGCUGCCAAAAGCCUUCACCCACCCUUUGGAUUUAUGGCGCUCAGUGACUGGUACUUUGAGAUGCUGCGGGAUUCUGCCAGGCACGAGCUCUACGAGCGGGCGCUGCAAGUGGAAAUCACCAAGAAGAAGGAAACAAGUUCAGAGUGCAAAGUUCUUGACGUUGGCAGUGGUGAUGGUAUUUUGUCGCUGAUGGCCUUGCGUGCUGGCGCCACCUCUGGUCUGGGCGUGGAGUACGUGGCACAGAUCGCCCGAGCCAGUGAGGAGGUGGUUGCCGAGAACCGCCGGGCCGAGGCGGUGCCUGAGACCCCCUUGGAGAUCCGCUGUACGGACGUGAGGGGCAUUGAAGAGCGUCCAGAAAAGGAGCGUUUUGAGGUCUUGGUCACAGAAUUGAUGGAUGCCUCUGGGCUUGGGGAGAACCUCAUCGCCCUGACUGAGGGUUCCAAGCGACGGCUCUGUAAGAGUGACUGCGCCGUGAUCCCCAAUGCGCUGCGCCUCAAAGCCGUGCUUUGCGAGGUGAAACUCCCGGAUCUCAACGGCGUGAACAUCGAUGCUUUUUGGCCUUUUUGGCCCUUGGACCGUGCCGGAGAGGCGUUGUGGCUGGGCGUGGAUCUGGACAAGAUGGAAGGAGAAUUCAAGGUACUGACCGAUGCUGUGGAGCUCUUCUCUUUGAGCUUGGGAGAGGCAGACGUGGAUGCCAUCCCCACACGCGCCAGCUACAACUUCACUGGCAUUGCUGAUGGCACUGCGAAUAUGGUAGUUUGGUGGUUUGAAGCGCAGCUCAGUCAAACCGAUCCUUCGGUGGUUCUGACCAACGCACCCAGCUCACUUGAUGGGAGACACAGCGCCACCUGCUGGGGACAAGCUGCUGCAGAGAUCCCACACGUGCAGGUACAUCCAGGACAGGCGACGGAGAUCCUGAUGGAGUUGGCCUUCGGUUUCCUGGUUCGCAGAGAAGGGCACUCCAGAAUUGACCCGGAACAGGAUGCCGUAUGUGAAUACCAGCUGAAGUUCAAGGUUCCAGGCGCUGGAUCGAUGCGUGGCACGCAAUGCACGCCGCCCCCCCACGUCGAAGACUACUCGGAGGAAUAUCGGAAAGCCUUGGAGGACCAUGCGCAGCGGCAGAAGAGUUACUUGAGCUUUGCCAAGGAGUCGCGUGUGGGGCAGACAGCGAUCCGGAACGCCGACGUAGAGUCUGUGGCGGCCCUCCAGCAGUGUGCUUUGGCCAUGGCGCUCUUCCCUGGAUCUUUCGGAGUGGAAGCACAAACUGCCAAUCGCAUUCUGGUCAGCUGGUACACUGCCCUUCGGCGUGAGAUGUUGGCGGGGAAGGGCGAAGCUGAGAGGCACGAGCCGGCGCGAGCCGGCGUGGUUGAGGCGGAGAAGAUCCUGACGAACCCCAUGCAGCUUCCAGCUUCCGCGGAUGCACUCUCUGAGCCCUUGGAGAUCGGACAUGGAACCGGUCCGAUCCGGCAUGUUCCGCCUCGGCCUGGCAGCCGCCUGAGGCCAAGCUACCAGAACUCUUGGUUGUUGAAGACACCAGAGGCGAAGAAGCGCAGUGCCGACACCGCUCCGCCUUCGAUCCAGAGAAGGUUGCGAGAUGAUGUUCAGACGGCCUUGCUGCAAGACUCUGACACCCUCCUUGCCCUGGCAUUGCUGCGAAACCACCGCUGCUGUGGGAAUCAUUGCGUCUAUGAGGCGGUGCGCCGGCAGAACUUCAGGGCUUUGGAAUAUCUCCUUCAGCGCGAGGCCAGUGACCUGGAUGAAGCUUGCCUUGGUCGUCGGCCACUACACGUGGCAGCACAGGCGUGCAUGUUCAACGGCGACGAGGGCUAUUGCAUGACAGAGAUUCUCCUGCAGCAUGGGGCAAGGCCCGGGCGCGCGGCGGGGGAUGAUCCCAAGAUCGCCCCGCCGUUGCACGAAGCGACUCAGCGAGGCUCUGCAGCAGCUGUGUCGCUCCUGCUGAAUGCAAGGGCAAAUCCUGACGAGCUGGACGGCCAUGGAGACUCUCCCUUGCACGUGGCCUGCAGGCAGACCCCAUUCCAAGGCGGGCCUAUGCAGGCUGAGGUCGUGUCUGUGCUGCUCCGAUCUGGGGCGAACCCUAUGGUGUUGGACUCUAUCGGCCGCCCGCCAACCUGCUAUGCACGAGAUCCGCAGCUCCUGGAACAGCUGCUGGAGGCCGAGAGUAAAUGGAAUCGAAGGGAGGCACGAAUCGCAUGGCGCUCGAUGAGGCAUGCCACCUUACUCUUGCCAGAGCUCUUCGACAAAGUCGUGAGCUUUGUGUGA